ACUGAGCAACCUCUCUCUGUUCCUCACUGACUAAUCUACAGUCCAGAGGAAAUGGCGGAAGGAGUUCUUGCCUCGAGCAUCGUCAAGGAGGUGCUGGCCAAGAUCGCCUCGCCGAUUUGGGCCGACCUCACGAUCCUAAGGAGCUUCAAGGCCGACCUGAGGACCAUGGAGCGCGACCUCGCCACCAUACGGGACGUCCUCUUCGACGCCGAGAAGCGAGGCGGCGGCGGCGGCGACAGCGCCGUCCGCGACUGGCUCCGCAGGCUCCGAGACGUCGCCCACGACAUCGACGACCUCCUCGACGAGUGCCGCACCGACCUCUCCGCUUCGCGGCAGCGCAAGAACACGGCGUGCGGCGGGAUCGCCCCCGACCUCUGCUUUGUCCGCUCCCUCUCCAUGGCGCGCAGGCUGAGGUCCCUGACGCGCGAGCUGGACGCCGUCGCCGCUGGGAGGGACCGGUUGCGCCUGAACCCCGGCAUCUACCCGCCAGCUUACCCGUCCGCUCCUCCCAGGCGCGAGACCAUCUCCAUGGUCGACGAGUCCAAGACCGUCGGGCGGACCGCCGACAAGGAGAAGCUUAUGCGGCUAAUCCUUGACGCCGCCAGCGAAGAGGACGUGUCCGUGAUCCCCAUCGUCGGCUUUGGCGGACUCGGCAAGACGACGCUCGCGCAGUUGGUGUUCAACGACCGGCGGGCCAACGACGAGGUGUUCGACCCCCGGAUCUGGGUCUCCAUGUCCGUCGGCUCCAGCCUCCGCACGCUGGUCCAGCCCAUCGUGAGCGCCACCAAGGAGAAGUGCGACCUCGACAACCUCGACGCCGUCGCGAGCUUCCUGUCACGGACGUUCACGGGGAUGAAGUACCUGCUUGUUCUUGACGACGUGUGGAGCGAGAACCAGGAGGAGUGGGAGAAGCUUCGGAUGCUCCUCAAGGACGGCAAGCGCGGCAGCAAGAUCAUCGUUACGACGCGGAGCCUGAAGGUCGCCAUGAUGGUGGGCACGGUGCCGCCAUUUGUUCUCAAGGGCCUCUCCGACGACGACUGCUGGGAUCUAUUCAGGUGCAAGGCUUUCGAAGAAGGGGAAGAGGAUUUGCAUCCAAAGCUUGUCAGUGUAGGCAAAGAGAUUGUUCAGAAAUGUGGCGGUGUCCCAUUAGCGGCAAAGGCGCUUGGGAGCAUGCUGAGGUUCAAUAAGAUUGAGCAAUCAUGGGUGGCUGUCAAGGACAGUGAGAUAUGGCAGAUGGAGAAGGAAGAGACGAUCUUGCCGUCUCUCAAACUCAGCUAUGACCAGAUGCCACCUGGCCAGAAGCAAUGCUUCGCUUAUUGUUCAGUAUUUCCAAGGAAUCGUGAGAUUGACAGGAACAAGCUUAUUCAGCAAUGGGUUGCUCUUGGGUUUGUUGAACCGGCAAAGUAUGUCAGCCAAUCAGUUUUGGAUAGAGCAAAUGACUGUUUUGAGGACUUGUUAUGGAUGUCAUACCUUCAAGAAGUAGAAGAGCUUGAUUUAUCAAAGAAAGAAUUAGAGGAAGAUGGCAAUGUUAAGUACAAGAUUCAUCAUUUGGUGCAUGACCUUGCACAAUCUGUUGCAGGGGAUGAAGUUCAGGCAAUAAAUUUUAGCCAAGAUAAUGGUCACUCUCGAGCAUGCCGCUAUGUAUCACUGACUGCUGACAUGGAAUCUCCAGAAGUUUUCCAAAGCAUGCUUCGCAAAAUACGUGCCUUCCAUUCAUGGGGAUAUGAUCUUGACAUCAAUUUGGUUCUUCAUGCUAGGUGCUUGCGAGUACUAGAUUUGCGAGGCAGUCCAGUUAUCGAGCUGCCCAAGUCAGUUGGCAAACUGAAACACCUGAGGUACUUGGAUAUUUCUUCAUCCCCUAUCAAAACACUGCCCAAUUCCAUCAGCAGCCUCCACAAUUUGCAUACUCUUCACCUGAACAAUUGCCGUAAUCUUUGUAUUCUUCCCGUAUCAAUAUGCAACCUUCAAAAUCUGGAGAUCUUGAAUCUUUCAGCCUGUAGCCUCCAUACCUUACCAGAUUCGAUUGGUCAUCUGCAGUAUCUGCAAAAUCUGAAUAUGUCAUUUUGCAAAUUUCUAGAGACAUUACCAAACUCCAUUGGUGAACUCCAAAGCUUGCAGACCUUGAAUUUUAAAGGUUGUGGUAAGCUCAAAAGUCUUCCUGAUGCUGUAUGCAGCCUCCAAAAAUUGCAAUAUUUGAUCCUUUCUCAGUGUGGCAUUCUCCAAUCAUUGCCCAAAAGCAUUGGUAACCUCUCAAAUUUAUUGCACUUGAAUUUAUCACAAUGCAACGAUCUCGAGUCAAUCCCCGACUCAAUAUGCCGCAUAACUCGGCUGCAUACUUUGAAUAUGUCUCAUUGUAGUAGUCUAUCAGAAAUACCCGUAUCGAUUGGUGGCCUUAAAGAACUUCAAUUUCUUAUUUUGUCACAUCAUUCAAGCAGUUUGUCACUGCCCAUAUCAACCGGUCAUCUACCAAACCUGCAAACUCUCGAUCUCUCAUGGAAUAUUGGUCUUGAAGAGCUGCCUGAAUCAAUUGGCAAUCUUCGUAAAUUGAAGAUCCUGAUCUUGUUCCAAUGCUGGAGCCUUUGCAGGCUGCCUGACUCCAUAUCCAACCUUAUGAUGCUGGAGAGUCUGAACCUUGUCGGAUGCGAACAGCUGACCCAGUUACCUGAUGGCAUAAUAAACCUCAGGAAUUUAAAGCACCUGAGAAAUGACCAAUGCCAGACUUUGGAGAGGUUGCCUCAUGGAUUUGGGCAAUGGACGAAACUCGAAACAUUGUCCUUACUUAUUAUAGGUGACAGAUAUAGCAAUAUUGAGGAGCUAGAGAACCUCAAUCUUUUAACUGGUGAUCUGAGGAUUGAAUGCCGGUCACAUAAGAGGGAUCUGGCAACUGAUGCCAAGAGAGCAAACUUAAGAAUCAAGAGAAAACUAAGCAGCUUGGCCUUGUCAUGGACUGGUUCAUGUUUCUGUGAGGACCCGACAAGUGUUGAAACAUUUCUUGAAGUUCUUGUGCCGCCUGAAAACCUUGACGUCCUCGAGAUAGAUGGUUACAAGGGCACUAAGUUUCCCAGCUGGAUGCUUGAGAGCAUGGAGCUGUUGCUUUCAAAUCUUGUAUCCCUCAGUUUGAGCAACAUCCAUGAUUGCACUUGCCUUCCACCCCUUGGGCAUCUUCCUUAUCUCCAGUCUCUUCAGUUCCGCCACAUGACUGGUGUUCGUAGUAUGGGCUCUGAAGUCCUUGUGAAAAGCAACAAAAGUACUCUAUAUCAGUCAUUGAAGGAACUCCACUUUGAAGACAUGCCCAACCUGGAGAUUUGGCCUACUUCAUGGUCAGUAGAUCACAAGGAAAAUCAUUCCGGAUUAUUCAUGUUUCCUGUUCUGAAAACUGUCACUGCAACAAAAUGUCCAAAGCUGAGGCCUAGGCCCUGCCUGCCAGAUGCUAUAGCAGAUUUAUCAGUGUCCAACAGUAGUGAGAUGAUAUCAUCUGGGAGGAUUUCCUGGUCAUCAACUUCAGUAUCAGCAUCUCUUCUGAGGAGACUGUGGAUCAAAAGUUGCCAUGUUUCAUCCAAUGAAUGGAUGUUGUUGCGCCACAGGCCAAAGCUUGAGGACCUGGUGAUCGAGUACUGUGAAAUGCUGCAUGUUCUGCCUGAGGCUAUUCGGUCCCUUGGUACACUGCGGAGCCUGAAGAUUCUGAAUUGCUCUGAGCUGAAAGACCUUCCAGAAUGGCUGGGUGAACUUGUAGCACUUGAAUGUCUUGAGGUAAACUGCUGUCCAAAGCUGGCCUCACUGCCCAAGGGCCUGCAACGCUUGACUGUGCUGAAGGAGCUGACCAUCACUGGCUGCAGCUCUGUAUUGAGUGAGAGGUGCACAAAAGAUACAGGCAAGGAUUGGUUCAAGAUAUGCCAUGUUCCAGGUAUCGUCGUCUCAUAAAUUUAACACUGGAGUUCCAACAUGCAAAGAUUUGUCCUUGUUUAAAAUGGUAUAAGCUGUUUGUUUUACUGGGUACCAACAACAGGGGCCAUUUCAAUUUAGAAAAUAGGGGGGGGGGGGGGGGGGCAUUCUUUGAGGUUUCGUUGGGGUAUCUACUUUGCCCGCAACUUAUCAGAGCUCUGUUCUCUUUUCAUGUUUGGGGGCUCGGUCUUAUUAAGAGCACAAGAUCUGUAGGCCCAUUUAUGUAAUUUUAUUUGCUGAAAUGCUGAAAUUUGAGAAAGAGAAGGCGACUUGGAAUUUUAUGCA